CUACAGUCUAUACACACGCACCUGUGAAGUUCGGUAGCUUUAUUUUACAGUAUACCCGCAGUCGCAGAUUAGUAGUACUUUGCUCGUUGUGCUCUAAGGGAAAUCGCUUUUUGUGCCCAUCGGCACUCGGGCGAGCUUUUCGUACGUGUACCAAACCUCAUCUUCCUACUCCCCUAAAUCCCCCUGUGGUACCUUUUCUCCCCGAGGGCGAAUGAAUGCGUGCUCGCGGUUGUCACGCGUGUAAAUCUUGGCUGUGAUCUUGGGGGGAAAAAAAGAGGAGGAAAAUAAUUUAAAAAAAAAGAAGUAAAAAAAAGAAAAGAAAAAAAGAGAGCAUCGAGAGGAGCUUUGAAUAUACACAGAGCGAGAGGGUCACGGAGCAAUGUACAGGGAGGCGGUGAUUCGCGCCUUCCGCAUCCUGAAAUCAACGUCCGAGCAGACGAGCACUGGGUCGAGGCGCUGUUUUCACUCUCACUUGGAGAAACGGGCCGCCGUGCCAAAGUACACGAAACUCUGCUCAGCGAGAUAUCUAGAUGCCUCUUACGGAAGUGCCUUGGAGCUCGAACGAGCACAACAGUCACGCACUUACAGCUUCAUUCAUGACAGCCACUACAUGUACACGAGAGACCAAGAUCAAGCCACCAACGCGGAGGAUGUCAUGUUUGACAUGUUCAAAAAUGAGGAGACUGGAUUGCUUCACGUCGGAAAAUUUUUGGCGGCCUUGAGAACGACUGGUCUGAGAAAAAAUGACCCCCGACUGCAGGAGCUUACGGACAAUUUGAAAAAGGAGCACAUAAAAUCCGGCGGCCACGAGGGCAUAUCCCACGAGACCCAAAAAUUGGAUCGCGAACAAUUCCGAAGGAUCAUAACGCCCAACAUCGUCCUGAUCUCGCGUGCGUUCCGGCACCAGUUCAUCAUCCCGGACUUCCCGGGCUUCACCAAGCACAUCGAGGACUUUUACUGGAAGUGCAAGUCCAACAUCGAGGGCAAGGUGGCCUCGUACAUACCCCAACUGGCCCGCAUGAACCCGGAGUACUGGGGCGUGUCGGUCUGCACCAUAGACGGCCAGCGCUUCAGCAUAGGCGACACCAACAUCCCGUUCACCCUCCAGAGCUGCAGCAAGCCCCUCACGUACGCCAUAGCCCUCGAGAGGCUCGGGACCGAGGUGGUCCACCAGUACGUCGGCCAGGAGCCCUCCGGCAGGAACUUCAACGAGCUCGUGCUCGACCACAACAAAAAGCCCCACAACCCGAUGAUCAACGCCGGGGCGAUACUCGUGUGCUCGCUGUUAAAGACCCUCAUCAAGCCGGAGAUGACGCUGGCCGAGAAGUUUGACUUCACGAUGAACUACUUCAAGCGGCUGGCAGGUGGGGAGCCCCUGGGUUUCAACAACGCCGUGUUUUUGUCGGAGCGCGAGGCCGCCGACCGGAACUACGCCCUUGGCUUCUACAUGCGGGAGCACGGCUGCUACCCCGAGAAGACCAACCUACGCGAGUGCAUGGAUUUUUACUUCCAGUGCUGCUCGAUGGAGGCGAACUGCGAGACGAUGGCCGUGAUGGCGGCGACUCUGGCGAACGGUGGCAUCUGCCCGAUCACCGAAGAGAAGGUCCUGAGGCCCGACAGCGUCCGCGACGUGUUGAGUCUGAUGCACAGCUGCGGCAUGUACGACUACAGCGGCCAGUUCGCCUUCAAGGUUGGCAUACCGGCGAAAUCGGGAGUGUCGGGUAGCCUGUUGAUGGUGAUACCCAACGUGAUGGGGAUCUGCACGUGGUCGCCGCCCCUGGAUCCUCUGGGCAACUCGUGCCGGGGCGUGCAAUUUUGCGAGGAGCUGGUGGGCGAGUUCAACUUCCACCGAUACGACAACCUCAAGCACGCGACCAACAAAAAGGACCCGAGGAGGCACAAGUACGAAACCAAGGGCCUGUCCAUCGUCAAUUUGCUCUUCAGCGCGGCCAGCGGCGACAUAACGGCUCUGCGCAGACACGGCAUGCGAGAUUACCUGGAGUGGCACCGGCUGAGUGGCAUGGACAUGACACUGUCGGACUACGACGGCCGGACUGCACUCCAUCUGGCCGCUAGCGAGGGCCAUCUGGACUGCGUUGAAUUUCUCAUCGAACAGUGCCGAGUGCCCCACGAUCCCAAGGACAGAUGGGGUAACCGACCGAUCGACGAGGCUGAAACCUUCGGCCAUGCCCAGGUGGUCGAGUACUUGAAAAACUACGAGUCACUUCGUCAAGCCGGACUUAACAAGAAUAAAAACAACAGCAAUGGUAAUUCUGAUGACAACAACGGCUCAUCCAUCGAUGGCGUGAAAAAAGAGACGAUGGAAACAAAAUCAUCGCCACAUCCGAUAAUCGACCCGUCGUCCAGCAGCAGUCAAUCUUCACCCCUACCUUAAACGUCAAUUCUACGUGUGUUCAUUUCUUUCAUGAAUCUCACGAUGUCGAGUGGCGUGAUUAAAUAAGUACGACUAUUGUCCACGAAAUAAGCAUCAAUGUUGUUUUUUUUCAGCUUCUUUGUUUAUACGUUGUCAAUGAUUUUUUUUCUUUUUUUUUUUUUUUUU